CGCUCCUUGUUUCCUCUCAUAUAUUUAAUCUCUUUCUCUAAUAUGGGUUUUCGGUCCGGAACCAUCUGUGGGCUCGGCUGGGUUCGGUUCUGUUGAUCUCUUUAAUUGCGAUCUAAUGAAGCAGAUCAUACAUAUCUACAUUGAAUAAAUUUAGGGAGCGCUGUAGUGGGUGAAGAUGGCCAAUGCCGUGGUUUCCUACGACCAUCUGGCCCUCCAGGUGGAGGUUCUCCGGAAGGAGAACUCCCACCUGAGGAGAGAGCUGGAGGACAACUCCCACCACCUCUGCAAACUGGAGACUGAGACAUUUGGCAUGAAGGAGAUGUUAAAGCAGCUACAGAGUAAAUUGGAGCAGGAAGCAGGAAACCUGGCCUCGUCCGGGAGAACUGACGUGCUACAUCAACUCAAAGAGCUCUACAUGGACCUCACCAACUACUAUGAACUGAAACACCAACCUCACAAUCUGAGGCUUCUAACCUCAGGUCUGGGAGGGGCAGGGAUGAGAAGCACUGGGCCAGCUUUGAGUGGAAGCGUGGAACUAGAGGACCACUUGGCCCUCGCUCCAUCCUCCUGCUGCUCCUCCUCCUCAUCCAUGGCAGCGGCGAACAGAGCAAGGAGCCCGCUCCGAGCCGCAUCUCGGCAAAGCAUGGUGUCUAGUGGGGAGGUCGCCAUGAUGCUGCCAAAUCACUUCCUGGAUGGAGCUCCACCGCAGACAGCUGUGAUUAGCGAUGGAGAUGGGCGGAUGAGUGACCAUCACUUUGAAGAGCUGUACAAAGAAAGGAACCUUUUGCUGGGCGAGAUCGACCGUGAGGAGCGCGAACGCCUCGAGGUGCUUUCACAUACGUGUCACAGACUGGCACAGCUACCACGCAUCGAUGAGAUUUCUCUGCAGUUAGAUCUCAUCCGACAGAAUCUGGAGGAUAAAGUUCACCGAUCUUUGAUUGCGGAGCGCUACUUGGCCAGCAACGAGAUGGUGCACAGAACUCAGAUGCGUGCAGCUCGCCUGGAGCAGCUGGAAAAAGAGCUGCAGGAGGUCCGGGGGAGUCAGGAGAGCCAGCUCCAGCUAUCUGGAGCUGAGAAGCCCCCUGCUGGAGAACCAGAGAACAGCAGUUCAUCAUCAGCUACGGCUGCUGGAGCUGAAGCUGCAGAUGGGGGCAGCAAGGUGGAGAUGGUCUUCUGGCUGCUCUCCAUGCUGGCAAACAGGGACAAGGAUGAGAUGUCCCGGACUCUCCUGGCCCUGUCAAGCUCUCAAGAUAGCUGUAUCGCCAUGAGAAAAUCUGGCUGUGUCCCCUUGCUUGUUCAGAUCUUGCAUGAAGUCCCCAGUGGAGUUCCUGAGGAGACUUCAGGUGGCUCUGUUUCCAACAGCUGCAGCCGAGACACCAAAUCCAGGGCAAGCGCUGCUCUCCACAACAUUAUCUUCUCACAGCAGGACGAAGGCCAGGCCCACCGAGAGAUGAAGGUCCUGCAUAUGCUGGAGCAGAUCCGGACCUACUGUGACAGUGGCUGGGACUGGCUUGAGAGUCAUGCUGUGACGCCUUCACCUGGAGGGACUAAAACAUCUGAUAUUCCUGAACCUGUGGACCCUCAGAUCUGUCAGGCCAUGUGUGCCAUCAUGAAAAUGUCCUUUGAAGAGGAAUACAGACGCGCCAUGAAUGAAUUAGGUUGUCUGCAGGUGGUGGCAGAUCUCAUCCACCUUGAGCAUGAAAUGUAUGGCAUGCAAAAUGACCCCAUCAACAUGGCACUGCGUCGCUAUGCAGGAAUGGCUCUUACCAACCUCACCUUUGGUGACGUCGUCAAUAAGGCCACCCUAUGUUCAAGAAAGAGCUGUCUUCAGGCUCUGGUGGCCCAGCUGUCUACAGACAGUGAAGAGCUUCAUCAGGUGGUGUCCAGCAUUAUGAGGAACCUUUCCUGGAGGGCAGACAUCAGCACCAAGAGAGUUCUGAGAGACAUCGGCUGUGUGUCUGCACUCAUGACCUGUGCCCUGCAGGCAACCAAGGAGUCAACCUUGAAGAGCGUUCUUAGUGCUUUGUGGAACCUCUCAGCACACAACAUUGACAACAAAGUGGCAAUCUGUUCGGUCGAAGGGUCUUUGGGUUUCCUUGUCAGCACACUGACAUACCGCUGUCAGACUAACUCUCUUGCCAUAAUAGAAAGCGGAGGUGGGAUACUUCGAAAUGUGUCUAGUCUGAUCGCCACAAGAGAGGAUUACAGACAAAUCUUGCGUGACCACAACUGUCUACAGACUCUACUGCAGCACCUACGCUCUCACAGCUUGACUAUAGUGAGCAAUGCCUGCGGGACUCUCUGGAAUCUUUCAGCCAGGAGUCCCAAAGACCAGGAGCUUCUAUGGGACCUAGGAGCAGUUAGCAUGCUGCGCAACCUCAUUCACUCCAAGCACAAGAUGAUCGCCAUGGGCAGUGCUGCAGCUUUAAGGAACCUCCUUACAAAUCGACCUUUAAAAUACAAGGAUGCUGCAGUCAUGUCCCCUGGCUCCUGUGUGCCCUCUCUCUAUAUGAGGAAGCAAAAAGCUUUUGAAGCUGAGUUAAAUGCCAAACACCUAGCUGAGACUUUUGAUACGCUUGAGAAACACAGCCCCAAACACCUUAGCCUCAGCAAACCUCUUAGGCAUAUUGAAAGUCUAGCAAAGGAUUAUGCCUCGGAUUCUGGUUGCUUUGAUGAUGAUGAAGCCCCCAAUAACUCCAGCAGCUUGGAUACUGGUAGCUAUUCUAUGUUGCCCAUGUAUCUCACCAACUCUAACAUUGUGCAAAAUCAGCUACAUAGGAGAGAUAAUGAACCUGAGAGAGAUACAGACCUGCCUCAGAUGCCUGAGAAAAAACAAGCUCCUCCUGAUGAUGUGGUCUCUGCUGCAGCAGAAAAGCUUGCUAAAAAGAUUACCAACACAGUUGCAAAAAUCGACAGACUAGUGGACGAUAUCACCAUGCACACAUCCUCUGAGGACAGUUUUAGCCUCAGCUCUGAGGACCACCUAGCAGACUGGCCUUAUGCACAAGAUGAUCUUAACGAAGCUCGGGCAAAUUCAUGCUCCCCAUGCCGUCUUUCCGAUGUGAGUAGCUUAGCCUACAGAGAACGCCUCAGCAGAGCUCAUGCUCUUUUACGGCUCAAAACCACCCACACAAGUGUAUCAACAGACAGCCUAAACAGUGGCAGCACCAGUGAUGGAUACUGUGGCAGCAAAGACCAGAUGCGACCUGCUCCUAAGGCUUUAGCAAUCCAGCAACAACGACCAAACCAACUGGACCUCAAAGUGGCUCAUCAGGAACAUCUCAGUGUAGGACCAGUUGGUCCGAAUCAGGCAAACGAGCAGGAUAUUCCAGAGAGAGAUUCUGUGGACAAUAAAGGUAUGAAUGUCGUGGAGCAAAACAAUACAGACAACGAAAAGAACCAAGAACCACAAUUACAAACACCUGUCAGUGCAUCCACUAAAGUGUCCUCUGAUGUAAGCAUGGCAUCAAUUAAACUUUCUCCUAGUUAUCAACAGGUUCCACUAAUUCAGAGUGUGGCAAAAUUUGGAGUUGCAAAGACAGCCAUUAAUGUUCAGGCUGCUCAGGCAAUGAGGAGGCAAGCAUGGGUUCCUACUGUAAUGACUGGUGGAAGUAUUACAAAAUUUUCUCCAAUGAAUUCCACUAGAAGUCCAACAGUCGGGACAAUGGAAACAGUCCAGAAAUAUUCAGUGGAAAACACUCCAAUCUGCUUCUCACGCUGCAGCUCACUCUCUUCCCUUUCUUCAGGUGAUGGAGGGCUUGAUGGACAGAGUGAGAAUGAGCUGGAGAGUGAUUCAUCUUUGGAAAUAAUUGAGGUGGAUGAUGAAGAAGAAGUGAAGAAAGAGCAAGAAGAUGAAACUUUAGAGGAUCUGAGUGACAGUCAGUUGCUUAAGACAGACUCAAAAACCUUACCCAGCAAUGAGAAAAAUCCCAUUGGAAUCUCUUGUACUCCCAAAAAGGAAAAGGUUUUCCUUAGGGGAGCGUCACCUGCUAUAAAUGAAGACAGAUCUCCUUCCAGUUCAUCUGAGAACUAUAUCCAUGAUACACCAUUAGUUCUAAGCCGAUGUAGCUCUGUAAGUUCACUGGGAAGUUUUGAGUCUCCUUCUAUUGCCAGUUCCAUCCAAAGUGAUCCCUGUAGUGAGAUGAUUGAUGGAACAAUAAGUCCAAGUGAUCUUCCAGACAGUCCAGGACAAACCAUGCCUCCUAGUCGGAGUAAAACCCCAUGCUGUGUUGAGUCAAAUUUACCAGAGACCCACACAACAGGGAUACCAGGACAAUGGGAGAACAGCCUGCGGAAGUUCAUAGAGAUCACAGAUUCUAAGGAGAGGUUCAACCCUUCUGAUCUAGAAACCAUGAUCUAUUUUACAGUUGAAAAACCCACAGAAAAUUUCUCUUGUGCUUCCAGCUUAAGUGCUUUGCCUCUUCAUGAGCAUUACAUCCAAAAGGAUGUGGAGUUGAAAUUAACUCCCCUACUCCAGCAACAUAAUGAGUCUCUCCCCUACCCUGAUGAGGAUGAGGAAGGAUUUGACAAUGGGGAACGAUACAGUGAGGGCAACUCUGAAGAAGAUAUUGAGAUUCUGAAGGAAUGCAUCAACUCAGCAAUGCCUUCUAAGUUUAGAAGAGUAAGAUCUUCCCUGCUGACUUCUAUUCCCUCCAACUUACUUAACCCCCAGACCCGAAAACAAAUGCAAUUACAAUUGAAUGUUCUUUCAAAUGGCAAAACACAAAUUUGCCCUAGAAGAAGAAACAUAGACUUGCAAAAAGACUUGAAGUUGGAUGAUUCUUCCUUCACAGAUUCUGCAGAGGGUACACCUGUCAACUUCUCAAGCACAACAUCCUUAAGUGAUGAAACACUUAAAUAUCCCCUAAAGAACAGGGGGUCUAAAGACUGCACAUAUAAAGGCCUUAGCAAACAGGAAUUGUUGGACAAGGAUGCAAAGAGAAUUGAAGACUUGAGGAUAUUUUCACAUUUCCACAAACCACAUGGGAUGAACUACCCACCUGAGAUACAAAUGAGCAGAAUAACCAAACAUGUGAUACCCACUCAGAAGCUGUUAAUGCAGAGCAAAGAGGUAGCUGACAGAGUGGCUAGCCUAAAAAAUAGAGAUAGAUCUCCCAAUCAACAAAGGAGGCAAGAAGAUCAAGGCUCAUACAGAAAAUUUGAACUUCCAGUUAUAAAACAAAACCUAGAGGCCAAUGUCAAGUCCAGAACACAAAAAGAUAACAAAAUAUUUAGACAAAUGACACAUUCUUCAGAGGACAGUAACGACUUCUAUGGUGAAGAAAUUUUCAAAAGAACAAGCAGAAAACAAAUAAAGGAGGCAACUAGAUACACCCUCUCCCGGAGCAUGACAAAUAUUGGUAGGGGAGAUAAUUCCCAAGGAAAGCCUAGAGGAUUUCAGAGAUUGAAACAAAAUCUUUUACAUGAUGAAUCCCUGGCAUGUUACUCACUCAGCUCCUCUGUCAGUUCACUCAGUGAGGCCGAAUAUGAUGACCAUAAAUCAAAAGUACAGCAAAUGUGGCAAAAAAACAGACACAAUAAAACUCUCAAUACAGCACAUCAAACAAAGGCUAUUAAUAUGCACUAUCAGUAUGACGAACAAAGCUCUCCAAGCUCUGUCAGCAUGGACUCAGAGGAUGACCUCCUGCAAAAAUGCAUAACAUCGGCCAUGCCAAAGCAAAGAAGAAAAAUGGCUUCCAGGAAAAAGAAAGAAAAUACUCUUAAACAAAAGGACUCUGACAGAUGGGAUAUGAAUGAAGAAAUUGAUAGUGAUGAUAUGGGUUGGGAUAAUGAUUCUGACCUUAAUAGUGUUGAGUGGAGAGCUAUACAGGAAGGUGCUAACUGCGUUGUCACUGGACUGCAAGCCUCAAAAUCUCAAGAUCCAUCCUCUGAAGAGACAGAGUCAAUUCUGUCUUUCAUGUCCACAUCCAGUUUUACACCGAAAGAAAAGAAAUUUGCAAAAGAGAAAAAGGCUAACAAACCUCUAGACUUUGCUCAACGCAAGCCAGUUCCCAACUUGCCAGUUGUUUUCAGAGGCAGGACAGUAACUUAUACACCCCAGCAAGUGACAGCUCCAUCACAACGACCACCUCCCAGAAAAAUGCCAAGCUUGACAGAUGCUCCAAAGAACCCAAACCUUGCUCAACACAGGUCAAAGAGCCUUCACAGACUUGGCCAGCCGCAAGAAAUUGAAUUGUCCCUUCCAAAGAGAAGCUCUACUCCACCACCAAGGAUACCAAAAAGCUCAUCCUCUGGGUCGUCACAGAGCUCAACACCAUCCAAGCAGUCACAGAAGAAAACAACAUACCAAAGUCAGACAAGUAAAGCAGUCCAGAAAAAGCCUGCAUCAUCAAGUAGUAGCUCACCAGCCAGUAGUCCCCCUGAGAGAAAAGGACGUUCCCCUGUUGUUAAUAAAAAUGAAAAAUCUCCCCCACCUAAAACUCAAAAGUCACCUGUCCGAAUACCUUUUAUGCAGAAUUCCGCUCGACAGCCCCGACCUUUAUCCCCACUGGUAACCAACCAAACAUCACCCAAACAAAGUAAUCAUAUUAAUGGGAAAAGAGUGUCGCCAGCCAAUCGAUUUGACAUGGUUAGAAUGACGUCUGUUCAUUCAGGGAGGGGUGAAUCUGAUCAAAAUGGAUUCCUUAGACAGCUAACCUUUAUUAAGGAAUCAAGGACAGCAUUAAGACGGGAUGGCUCUCCUCACAAUUCAUUGGGAUCACAAAAGGGAUCCCCUCGAAGAACAGCUCCUGGAGCUUCAGCUGUAUUUCUGUGCUCAUCACGCUGUCAAGAGCUAAAAGUUGCAGUGCAAGUCCCAAAAAGGGUGCAAGUAAAAGAGCCUGCAAAAGUACAUCAACCACAAAGGACAAACCCUGGUUCUCAAAGGCAGACUACAACUUUGUCAAGGGCAACAUCUAGUGAAAGAGAUCUACCUGCAAGACGACCUGGACGGAGAACUAGUUCUGAAAGUCCCUGCAGGGCAGCCCAGCGAAGUGGAACUGGUAGAGUUUCUGGAGUCAGGCACCAACAGGACCAAGACACCUUUAAGCGUCAUGCUUCAUCACCAAGCAUAAAUAUACUGAGUCGUGUUACCAGCCGUUCCUCUCUCCGUUCCUCAUCAUCUGAUUCAAGUGGAAGAGCAAAAAGUGAGGAUGACACAAAGAAGAAAGGCCAGAGAUCCACAUCUCGACGUAAUAUUGGAGUUACUUGGAGAAGAAUCAGAGAUGAAGAAGUACCACAAAUUCUGAAAAGCACGCUGCCCGCCAAUGCAUUACCACUGGUGCCUUCUCCUGAUGGAGAAAAGCCGAAACUACCCGCUCUUCCAGGAAAACUGCCGACAAUAGUACUUGCAUCUCGCAAGACAACUGACGCAACAGUCCAGACAGAAGAUUUAUCCAAUGACAAAACUAACUCAAGUACCUCUCCAACUGAAACAGCUCCAUUGAUCUCUGAGGAAGAGGCUAGAGUGGCUUUCCUUAGGAAAUUUAGUGCUACCUCUGUGAGUAACCAUCAGGAUGCAGAUUCAGAUGGCUCACUGAAAAGCCUCAGCACUACUGGUACAUCAGACAGCCAUGUUGGUGGAGUUGUCACUUUCCGCCAAGGAUCCCCAAGCAAGUCUGCCAGAGUCACUCCAUUUAACUACAUCCCUAGUCCCAUGGCCUGCUGUCUGCAAGACCCACAAUGCCAGACAGCUACAAUGACAGAAAAAGCUGGGGAAAAAGCUGAGUUGUAGGGUACGUGGUUGAUUACUAAUCAGCAUGAAUGACUGCAGACUGAAGCUCAGCACUGAGAUGGAAAAUGUGCUGGUCCUAUACCUCAAAUAUUUUCCCUUUUUUCUUUCCCAUUUAUUCCAUUCAAACUAUUCUCUCUGACCAACUGAUCAGAGCUUCCGUUUACUAUCCUACUGCAUUGGAUGUAUGCAUGGAGACAGGUUGGCCCGAAUGGAUCACCAAAAACUUUCAGUGAUGUUCUUUAAUGGACAUCUUUACAGAACAUUGCAUCUUUUUAUACUUUUUUUGUAUUUGUAGACUAAUUGCCUGGUAGAAAAGUAGUCAAAGCAUAAAAGACAAUGAACAUUAUUCCAGCAUAUACAUGAAAAAUCAUCUCUAGGAAACAAUCGGAUUAAACAGUAGUGUUUGUGGAUAAAUGUGAACUACCAUUCAGUUGGACUUAUGAUGAGAAGGUUUAAAUUGUGGUUGCCUAAAAACCUACAACUACUCCAAAUUACAUGCACAAAAUGACUUAUGAAAUAUUUUUACUCACCAGAAAUUAGAGCCUUUGGCAGUUGUUUUAUCACUUGACAACUAAGAUGCUUCAGACCAUUAGACUUAUGGAAGUCCAAAGAGACGUUUCUCCAAAUGAAUAUAUCUACAAUUACAAUGUUCUAUUUGUAAUCAGUCUGCACACUUAUAUAUUACCAUUUUCUUCUCAACUCAUAAAAUUACUGAAACAUGUUUGGAUGUAUGUAGACAAAUUAACAUGACCACAGUUUUCUGACAAGAUUUCAACUUUAAAAACUGAGUUACUAACAGGUAAAAAAGAUCAUGGUCUGCUUUUGGGGUUAAACAAAUUCUGUUUCAAAAACAUAGCCUCUGCCCUAAUAUUUUAGAGCUGUAAUGUGAUAAAAGUCACUUCAUAAAUACAAGUAUUUGGUUACCACAGUACUGGUCUUGAUAUUACAAUUCUAUAUUUAUCAGUCAUAUUAAGGUGUCAUUGCUGAAGGGAUCAAAAGUUAACCCUGAAAUUCAAAAUAUUCUAUAGUCUAAUUGUAGUAUAAUGCAGAAUAGCUCAUAUACACUAUUGAUUUCUGUUUUAAUUAGGUAUAAUAUAUUAUGCUUAAACUUUAAAGUAAUCCUCUACCACAUAUGUUCAGUAUGUCAGAUAUCGCACCUGUUUCUUUCACUAAUAAUCCUGCAAUGGCAGUAUCAGUCUUUGUUACAUUCUACAAUCCUAUUUCUUAAUCAGGUUUGUACAUAACCCACCAUAUAUAAAGAAACCUCCCGGUGAGUGUUAACGGCUGACAGCAUGCUCACAUACUCACUGUGUACAUACACUGGUAAACAUUAAGGGUACUGAAUAAUGCCAUGAUGUAAUUCAGAAGGGAAAUAUUUUCCAAGUCCAAUGUCAUCUGUAUUUUUGUGACACAAAAAAACAUGUAAAAAUGCAAACUGUGUACUGAUGAACAACACAACCAAAAGCAUCUGGUAAUGCAUCAUGUUAUUUAAUUUUAUUGAUAUAUUCAGGUACUGUUAUUGAGUAUAUCAACAAUAUGGUAUCAUUAGUGGUUUGGCUUUUCCAACAGCAGAAGGUACAAAGUUAAAACAGAUGAGCAGUAAGCAGAGACUUCUUAGGCUGUGCUCUUAUUGAACGCAGUGCAGAAGUGGUGCAGGUGCUGCCAGGAACCCAGAUCAUUCAAAUCAGUGUGCCCACCCUGGUGAAUUUUCAAAAUAAACACAGUGAUCUAUCUACCAUCCCACACUAUUUUGUUUGGGGAAAAUAAGAAGGCCUUUAUCUGUACAGAUACGUUUUGCCUGAUAACUCUGGGAAAGAAUAUAAACUCAUAUGAACUUUUCUUCUUUUGAGCGCCAUUUGAAUCUUGAAUCGCAGCAGUGGCAGCCUGUGGUCAAUGUGAGUCUCUUAUUGUGUCUUAUUGCUGCACGCCUGCACCGCAGCUGCACCAUGAUGACUGUGAGUCCAGUGCUUGGCUGGAUAUUUUCAGACAUUUAAUUCAGUCUUUUUUAGUCAACAGCCUCUCACUUCAGAUAACAAUCCAUUCGCCGAUUGCGUUCUAGAAGCUCUUCAUGAGGCAGUGGCACAGAUUAAGCCCUGAAUUGAAUUAAUACAUAUCAAAUGAGCCCUGUAAGUCUAUUCCUGUGCUAUUUUCCUUGUGUCUGUUCUCCAUCUCACUUUCCAAAGCAGUAAAGAAGGUGUAGCAUAUAAUUUGUAUGAAAUGGCCUAAAAUGCUUGCAACUAAGACUAUGCUUUUAAUACGCAUAUUGAUGUGCCAGUCAUUACAAUGAUUAGCAUAUCAAGGCUAAGGCUGUGUCUGAAUGUCUACCCUAACCCCUAAAUCCCUCAAUCACUAUAUGGAGCUGGGACUAUAUAGUAGACUUUACAGUAAACUCAGUUAACUGACCGUUCGGACAGGUGAUCAUUGCUUUUAGCUCCCCGUUGGUCAUGUAACUCCACCUCCCUGCACUCUGCCUGUGGCUUCUUUGUUAUUUGUUGCCUCUGUUGGGUUGCGACAGCCAUGGGCGACAAUGAGGCGCUGUGACAACAAAUCCCAUGACCCUUAAGAGGAAAUUUUCUCGCAAAGUAUCCAGGAUAUAUCUGCUCAUGUAGUGACCAUAGAUGAUCACUACUUUUCAAGAUGCAAUGUGGGAAAUUUCAAGUCCACUAAUUUUUCAUCCACUAGACAUUCAGACACUCAUCUAAAACGGCGUAACCACUAUACGGUGCCCUAUAUGGUGGUAAGGGUGGCUUUCGGACAUAGCCUAAGUCUCCACUGUAUUAUUUGACCCACUAGCUAAACCUGGAGAUGAAUACACAAUUUUGUUUGUACUUGAAAGAAUUACUGUCCUCUUAAAUAGACAUCUCAGCAGGGACACUACAGAAAGUCAGAAUUACAAGUUGGAAAGUCGGAGCAACUGGACCUGAUUUCCACGUGAAUCAACGGCAGUGAAACUCUUUUUAGCGGUUCUUUAUCAUUUUCUCAACAUUUCGUCAGCUGUACCCAUACAACUUUUUAGAGUUUAUAAGUAAAGAUGUUGCAACAUUGUUUAUGUCAGGUAUUUGUAAGUUUUAUUAUUGUAACAGUGGCCUGAGUGGCCAUAUGCAGUACAAACAAUGAAAAGAACAAAUAUCCACAUAAGGGAAACUGGAUCAAAAUCUCCUAAGAGAUUAAGUCAAUACAAGUUUCCAGUUCUGUGGUAAUUGGAACGCAUCAGUAGGUUUUUGGUUAGCAUAUUGAUGCUAAUAACUAUCACACUUUUUUAUAAUUCGCGGGAUUAUUAGCUAAGUUCCAAGUUCUCAUGAAUAGGUUUUGCCUUAUAUGAGGUUGCUAAAGACCAGAAUGUUUUGGCUUAUGAAGCCUUGAAAUACUCCCACUGGUUCGUCAUUAGCAUAAACCAGCUGAUGUUAAUGUAGGCUACUUUAACCACACACAAUAUGGGAUUUACAAUUAGACUAUGAAAGUCAACGUCACUAAUUAAAUUCAUGAAGCACCUUGUCCUAAAACUCAUAUCGUGAAAAGCCAAGCCUCACAGUUAGCUGCCAGGUUGUUUUCUGAGGCUGAACUCUCUUAAAUCUUCCACAUGCUAAAGAAACUACUCUUAACCAACAAGUACAGUAUAUAUUACCUGCUGUCUGCUUUAUGGUCUAACUUUGUACCUAUUACAAUAGGAUUUUAGGUGGUUUUCCCAGGAGUUAAUCUCUGCAACUCUGUACAUGUUAAUAUCUGCUUAAGUGUGUUGCUGUAAAGGUAGCGAUAGGUGGUGAAGAUUUUACAGACAAUGAAUUUUCACUGUAAUUGUACUUUACCUCUGUCAUGAGCCCUCAAAGAGGUUUAUGGAACACACGUUAACCUUGUUUAAGUGGCUGUUAUAAUAAAACCACCCUAUUGUACUUCUGUAGCAUUGUCUUAAAAAGCAAUGUAACCUCUUCUUGCUGCAUUCUCAUCCCCAGCAAACUUUUAAAGACUGCUUCAUCUGAAAUACUAUCAAAGUCAAGAGUUUUUAGAAGAAAACUACAAAAUUAAAUAAGAAUGUCUGCAGUAUAACUAAUAAUCAGAGACAUCACGGGCAAAACAUGGGAAACGGCUUAUUUUUGUGUAUUCAUUGAAAAUCAGUACUGAAUAUGGAGCUCAAAAAGGCAUGAAACCCAAGAUCUUUCAAACCAGCUGUAACUCCUGCUGCUAUAUUGCAAUCUACACUGAAGAAUUAUUUCAUAUUUAGAUUGUUUGGCAGGUCAAAAUAAUAAAAAAACAAACAUUCGAGCAGAAGAGUCGGGAAAACAAUCGGAUUUUUGCUCUUGCUUUAGCAAGAUGCAAACUAAAAUGUGAAAUACUUUUCAAACAACCAAAUCUGAAGCCAAGCAGCUGGCGUUGAAAAGAUACAAAGGGUGGAGAAUCCCCUUAGGUUAAGAACAGCUGUGCUUAGGUCCUGAAUUUUUCUUCAACAAUACCAUUAAUGGUCUUACUCACACCUGAUCUGAGAAAAGUUUAUAGCUGAGAUUAAUUUUAAUAUCUUGGCUCCAUUUGAAAAAGGUCUGAGAGGCAUUAUGUGUGCCAUGUUUAACAUGCAAAAUAACAGAAGCGUGUUGUUUAAAUGUCUUCAUUCCAAUAAAAAGUGAUGAUUCCUUAAACUGCUG